GCGCGCUCUCGCGCACUCACCACGCCGCCGACACACGCCGCGCCGGAGCCGCGCACACUCCCGCUCACACUCAUACUCGCGCAGGCCCGCCGCGGCGGUGCGGGGGGCGGCGUUGGCUGGACGCGGCGGGGUUGGAGAAGGAGAAGACUUGGGAGAGGAGCUGCUGCCUCCGGAGCUGGGCCAGGACCUGAGACCCCACUGCUGCUGCUGCUGCCUGACCGGCCUCAGGGCCCCCCCUUUGCCUGCAGCCAGCUGAGCAGACGACUGCCCGCCCUGAGCGCAAUUCAAUUCAACAGACAUUUACUGAGUGCCUACUAUGCGCCAGGCCUUAGGCUAGGCACUGGGGUGGGGGGGCAAGGAGGGUGGGGCCCAUCUUCAGGUAGAACCAGGUUUUGGGUGUUGGUGUGUGGAGGAGCCAGUCAAAGACUGAAGAGCUCAGUGUCAGGAGAGGAGCCACCGGCAAGGCUGGAAGCAGUGUAGAGACUGGGUCCAAGUGCAUCCCGGAGGAGCACUGCCCCUUGUCUGUGCCUCAGUUUACCCACCUAUAAAAUGGAGGGUGAGAUGACCUCUAGGCUCCUUUCAGGAUUCCAUGGGGAUUAGAAUCAGGGAAGGGGGAGCUGUCAGUCACUGUGUGGAGAGGAAAUGUGAAAACUUCUUGGAGGAGGAGGAGACAUGAGGCCUGGGUGGCAGCAGGCGGGGACAGGUGAGCAGGGCAGCACCAUCGAGGACCUGAGGAUAUGCAGGAACCAGGUGGCAGAUGGGUUUCUUCCUUCCUGUUUUGGGUGUGCCCCCUCUGAGCUUCACUCUCCAGCCUCCCAUGGGAAUCUGAAGCACUGAGCCUUGAAACCGAGGAAGAGGAAAAAGAGAAAGAGAUAGAGGAGGAGGAGGAAGAAGAGGAGGAGAAAGCCAAGCGCCAGAGCCUCUGGCAGGACAGAGCUCCUGAGCAGCAGGCUGUGGGCCUCUGGUCCCCCGGGCCCCGCUGGACGUGUCCUGGGAGCUCCCUGGCCCUCAGCACCUACCGUGCCCACCUCUCCUGGGGCCCCUGUGUUGGGGGUCACCCCCCAGGAUGGUGGCGACCCCAGGGAGGACUGUGCUGCCUGCCGCAGCCUCUGGCCUCUAGGCCCCCCGUGCCCUGCCCCCUGCCCCCCCCCCUCGGCCAGGCUGGAGCCAUGCUGCGCCUGGGGCUGUGCGCAGCAGCCCUGCUGUGUGUGUGCCGGCCUGGCGUCGUGCGCGCCGACUGCUGGCUCAUCGAGGGCGACAAGGGCUACGUUUGGCUGGCCAUCUGCAGCCAGAACCAGCCACCCUACGAGACCAUCCCGCAGCACAUCAACAGCACCGUGCAUGACCUGCGGCUCAAUGAGAACAAGCUCAAGGCCGUGCUCUACUCGUCGCUCAACCGCUUCGGGAACCUCACUGACCUCAACCUCACCAAGAACGAGAUCUCCUACAUCGAGGACGGCGCCUUCCUGGGCCAAGCCAGCCUGCAGGUGCUGCAGCUGGGCUACAACAAGCUGAGCAACCUGACAGAGGGCAUGCUGCGUGGCAUGGGCCGCUUGCAGUUCCUCUUCGUGCAGCACAACCUCAUCGAGCUGGUAACGCCUGCCGCCUUCUCCGAGUGCCCCAGCCUCAUCAGCAUCGACCUGUCCUCCAACCGCCUCAGCCGGCUGGACGGCGCCACCUUCGCCAGCCUGGCCAGCCUCAUGGUGUGCGAGCUGGCCGGCAACCCCUUCAACUGCGAGUGUGAUCUGUUCGGCUUCCUGGCCUGGCUGGUGGUGUUCAACAACGUUACCAAGAACUAUGACCGGCUGCAGUGCGAGGCGCCCAGGGAGUUUGCCGGCUACCCGCUGCUGGUGCCGCGGCCCUACCACAGCCUCAAUGCCAUCACCGUGCUGCAGGCCAAGUGCCGCAACGGCUCGCUGCCCGCCCGGCCCGCCAGCCACCCAACACCCUACUCCACCGAUGCCCAGCGGGAGCCCGACGAGAACUCAGGCUUCAACCCUGACGAGAUCCUCUCGGUGGAGCCCCCGGCCUCCUCCACCACAGACGCCGCGGCGGCAGGGCCCGCCAUCAAGCUGCACCACGUCACCUUCACUUCGGCCACCCUGGUGGUCAUCAUUCCACACCCCUACAGCAAGAUGUAUGUGCUGGUCCAGUACAACAACAGCUACUUCUCCGAUGUCAUGACCCUCAAGAACAAGAAGGAGAUCGUUACGCUGGACAAGCUGCGGGCCCACACCGAGUACACCUUCUGCGUCACCUCUCUGCGCAACAGCCGCCGCUUCAACCACACCUGCCUGACCUUCACCACACGAGACCCUGUGCCCGGGGACCUGGCACCCAGCACCUCCACCACCACCCAUUACAUCAUGACCAUCCUGGGCUGCCUCUUCGGCAUGGUCAUCGUGCUGGGCGCCGUGUACUACUGCCUGCGCAAGCGGCGGCUGCAGGAGGAGAAGCAGAAGUCCGUCAAGGUCAAGAAGACCAUCCUGGAGAUGCGCUACGGGGCGGAUGUAGACACCGGCUCUGUGGUCCACGCCGCCCAAAAGCUGGGCGAGCCUCCCGUGCUGCCCGUGGCCCGCAUGCCCUCCAUCCCCUCCAUGAUUGGGGAGAAGCUGCCUGCCUCCAAGGCACUGGAGGCUGGGCUGGACACACCCAAGGUGGCCACCAAGGGCAACUACAUCGAGGUGCGCACGGGCGCGGGCGGGGAUAGCCUGACCCGACCGGAGAAUGACCUCCCGGACCUGGAGAAUGGCCAGGGCUCGGCGGCCGAGAUCUCCACUAUUGCCAAGGAGGUAGACAAGGUUAAUCAGAUCAUCAACAACUGCAUCGACGCCCUCAAGCUGGACACGGCCUCCUUCCUGGGGGGUGGUGGUGGCGGUGGGGGUGGUGGGGACCCCGAGCUGGCCUUUGAGUGCCAGUCCUUGCCGGCAGUGGCCAGCCCCGUGCCCCCGGCCACUGCUCCCCCACCAGGGGCCCUGGAGCGGCCCAGCUUCCUGUCGCCCCCCUACAAGGAGAGCUCCCACCACCCGCUGCAGAGGCAGCUUAGCGCCGAUGCCGCCGUGGCCCGCAAGACCUGCAGCGUCUCCUCCAGCGGCUCCAUCAAGAGCGCCAAGGUCUUUAGCCUGGACGUGCCUGACCACCCGGUGGCUGCGGGGCUGUCCAAGGCUGACUCCAAGUACAUCGAGAAGGGUAGCCCCCUCAAUAGCCCGCUGGACCGGCUCCCGCUGGUGCCGGCAGGUGGGGGCGGUGGGGGCGGGGGUGGCGGGGGCCUCCACCACCUGGAGGUGAAGCCAGCCUACCACUGCAGCGAGCACCGCCACAGCUUCCCCGCCCUGUACUACGAGGAGGGUGCUGACAGCCUGAGCCAGCGUGUCUCCUUCCUCAAGCCGCUGACCCGCACCAAGCGGGACUCCACCUACUCGCAGCUCUCUCCGAGACACUACUACUCAGGCUACUCGUCCAGCCCUGAGUACUCUUCCGAGAGCACCCACAAGAUCUGGGAGCGCUUCCGACCCUACAAGAAGCACCAUCGCGAGGAGGUGUACAUGGCCGCUGGCCACGCCCUGCGCAAGAAGGUCCAGUUCGCCAAGGAUGAGGACCUGCACGACAUCCUGGAUUACUGGAAGGGGGUCUCGGCCCAGCAGAAGCUGUGAGCCUCUCCUGCCCGGUGAGGUCUGGGGGGACAGGGGGAGGGCCCAGGGGGCACAUGGGGCAGGGCCUGGUCGGCCAGGGCGGGGCGCGCUGGGGCCCAGUUGGCCCAGGACUGGACACACACGCACACCCGCACUCACGCACCCAUGCACACACCUGACCACCACCUGACUGUGAACUACCACCACCUGACAAUAACGGACAAGAAAACAAAGACACGUUCUCCUUAAAGUUUACACACUGAGACCCAAACCAGUCGUCUUUACUGUGCUGCCAGGGACUGCGAAGACAGGCGGGGCUGGGCAGGGCUGGGGACAGGCCAGGAAGCCAGAAGUGGGCGUGGGGUCAGGGGCUCUGGGGUCAGGAUAGGGUUGGUGGGGGACAGAGAUGGACCAUAUCCCCCUCUGGGUCCCCCUCCUGCUGGGUGACUUGUCAGCUGGAGUCUGAGCAAUAGUGGACCUAUGGGGAACACACCCUUCCUUUAAGGAUGGGGAAACUGAAUCCUGAGAGAGGAAGUCACCAACCCAGAGUCAUGUGUCAUGUCAGAGUCUUGUUCUCCCAACUCCACAGCUCAGAGCUAUCCCCCACCCUGCCAGAAGCUCCCCUGGGCCACCCCCCAUGUCUACUAGCCAACAAACACCCUCUUGCAGAGCUGGGGUCUCCUUGGGGCUGAGGGGCUGGAGAACCUGGAGGGUGCUGCUGUUCCUUUCUGGAAAGCUCUGUGCGCUUCCACAACUGUGAGUCAGCAUGUUGGGGGGGCUGCUGCACCCCCAAACUCACUCUGGGGAGGAGGGGGCAGAGGCAUGGAGACAUCCCUUCAGCCCCUUCAAGUGUCUUCCAAGUACCCUGGGGCACCGCCCGUGGGGCCUGGGGAACGUGGGCUGGGGCAGCCCACCCUGCAGCUAAGGUGCAUCCCUGCACUUUGCCCCCCAGCUUUCCUGGACUUCCAGGACCCCCUACUUAUCCCCCAAAGGGCAGCCGUGAACUGUGAUGUCUGGGAGCAGUGUGGAGGUGGGGUGUCCCUGGUCCUGACCCCACAGGGCAGCGUCUCAGCCUGCUUGGUGGAACGGGGGGGGGGGGGGCUCUCCACCCACCUCAACCUUAACCUUGGGGCAUCCAUGUUGUUUCCAUGGAAAUGGACGCUCCCCCUUGAGGACCUCCCCACCCAACAUCAAACAAAGCACAAACUGUGAGCACCCCCUUCCCCAUGGGUGGGGGAGUGGGCUGGCUUCAUGGGGCCCCUCCCCCUCCUGGGCCAGCCUCUGUCACCAUAGCAACCCAGAUCCUGGCAGUUGGGACCGUUGGGCUCCUGGGUGGGGGGGAGGUUCUGUCAGUGUGGGUGGCAGAGGGUAUCAAGGGAGGGCAGGGCAGGCGAAGGCAGGCUCUCUCCAUGGCUGGGGGCUUCCGGGGGACUGCCCCUGGGAUGCUGGGGCCAUCUGCUCCUAACCGCUUCAGGGAGCCUGGGGGCUGUGGCCCUUGUCCCUGCCCCUGUGAUGGGGGGAACGUGGGCUUGGCCCACUUGCCGUCAUGGUCCUUGGCUGCCUGCCCACCUCAGGAAGGGCCUGUGCAGCUCUCCGCAGCUCCCAGCCUCUGGGCCAUCACCUGUGGACACCUGACUAGGGGUGAGGGUGGGUACUGGGGAGGGUCCAAGACCUGCACUGUGGAGGGUUCUGACUGGGAAAGGUAGUGCCAUGCCCUUGAGAGGGCUGCCAGGACUCCCACGCCUGUGGCAUGGCAUGGUGGGGGGUGUACCCAAGGGGGGGAGGUAGGCACUGAGGGGGCCCUAGGGCUUAACUGAGUGUCCUCCUCAUACCCACUCGAGGGACAGACCAAGCCCAGGGCUCACUUUGAGGGUGACAUGUGCAAAGAAAGGACUUUUCCUGUGGAGUGGAGGGGGAGGGGGCUGGCAUGGAUAUGCAGAGCAACCCCCCCCCCCAACUCCCCAGCCUGACCCCCAUAACUGCUCACACCAGGACUGGCAAAACUGAGAAGAGCGAGCAGGCUGAACAGCCGCGGUGUGAGAAGGCAGACUCCCUGUUAUAUUUGCAUGACGAUUUUACUGUAUUUUUCUGAGCAAACAUCUGUCGUGUGUGCCAGUUUGUCCAGACUCCCCGGCCCCUCCCCGACACCCCACAAUCUGCCCCGCCCUCUCUCCCUCUGUUGUGAUCUGACCAGCAGCUCUUGACACCCAGGGAGGGGCCAUCUCUGCAAAAGACCUAAAACAGGUGCCACUAAGCCCAGUCCCCUCCGCCUCCUCACAAGUGCCCCUCUCUGCCUCCCUGCCCCGCUUCCAGCCCCUCUUCUCCACCCCUCCAGGAAAGAAGGUGCUGUGCACCCACUUGCUCUCAUUCUGCAGAUGAAGAAGUGUCAGGGUUCCCACAGAGGAGCCUGAUGGCUUGGCUGCCAGGUGGGAUGGGGGGAUUGGUCACACUACUGAGUACAGGAGGUCAAGAGCUUCUUGAGGACUGGGGUUUGGGGCAGUGGAGGAAGGACACAUGAGAGACAUGGCGGGGGGUAGACCAGGCAGGCUGGCCCUCCCUGGUGAUAGAGUUCAGGGCUGCUUUCUUCUGCCCUCCCUCACCACCUCCCCUUCAUUCCUGGUUGAAGAUGACCUAUAAAACCCAGGGUCGGCUGAGCAUGGCACCUUCUAGGCCAACUCCUGUCUCAGCAGCGAGGGUUUAGCAAUCUGGUCCUGGGACACCCCUUGAUGCCCAGCCUACACAUGCAGAGGCAGCCCAUCCUGGACCACUCAGACCUCUGGCCUCCCAGACUUGCCUGAACCCUGGCAGCCCAGGAUUGACCCAAGGAGGGAGUGGAAUAGACAGGAAAGAUGAGGGAGCUGGAGAGGAGGCAGCCUGGCUGGGUGCUGUGCUUGUCAUGGUGCUAAGCACAGUGUGUGUGUGUGUGUGUGUGUGUGUGUGUGUGUGUGUGUGUGUGUGUGUGUGUGUGUGUUGGGGGUGGGCUGGGGGUUGGGAGUGGGGACAGGGCAGGCAGCAGGGAAGGGGGAAAGGGGUUCUGGGGAGGGAGGGAUGCCCUAGGAAGGCCUUUCCUGCCUGCCUGGCCUCUGUCUCCUGGGCAGGCUGUUUGAUCAUCCUCUGUUGGAGCUAAUGGCCUUAAGGGCCAAAAGCUUAGGCUGCUCUAGGGACACCCUUGGGAGGUGGCUUCUCCCCUUCAUGGUGGGUCUGGGGAAAGGGCUGUGUGUGGGGUUGGGGGACAGAGGGCUGUGUGGGGUGUGUGCCACCCUGCCCCAGGACCACUCACGCACAUGGUAACUUGACAGGGUGGCGGUGGGGGGACAGGAGCUGGCGUGGGGCAGGAGGAGACUCGGGGCUGUGAGGUCCAAGUGGGUCCAAGCGGGAGCAAGGCGAUGGGUCCCAGUUCUCCAGGGGCUGACACGCAGUGAGGGCCACCACAGAAUGUGUGGGGAGAAUUAAAGCAGGACCACAACUCUGGGGCCCUCAGAAGCGGGGAGGUGACCAAGCUCUGAGCAAGCUGCACCCAAGCGCUGGCACCCGCUGCCAGCUCUGCUGGAGGGGGAGUGGGGUCAGCAGGGCCUCUUUGUUUUCGAGAACCUCCAGGGUCAGUGUCUCUGCCCCCUUCCGUCCCCAGCAGCACUGGACCCCAUUCCUGACAGAGCGGGGUCCUCCUCCUGGGCCGGGCAAGGGGAGGCACAGGGGUGGGCUGCCCCCCCAAGGCCAGCGUGAGGCUCUCAGGCUGGCCUGGUUCUUGCGCUGUGCUCUUCUUGCUCCCCACCUGGCUUGCGCUGACCCCCAAACCGCCCACCUUUAAAACAGAACCAGUAUUUACACUCUGCCUCCCAAUGCCUACUGCCACAGCGCCCCACUUCCCCCACCGCAGAUGGCCCCCCAUGGCCCUGGCCCUGGCUGCCGGCUGAGAGCAGGAGGCACUGAGUGGGCUAGGGGGACCUGGGCUGCCUCCCCUUCCUAGGCCCUCCCUGGGGCCCUGAGGCCCCUUCUCCUUCCUGUCCACCCCUCAUCAGGACCCACCUGCCCCCACGGGCCCAGUGGCUUGGCACCUGGUUUGUGUCCUGCAGAGUUGGGCCCCUGACCCUGGCCUACAAACCUGUGAACCCCUAGCUGUGUGUGGAUCUUCCUACCCGGGGUGGGGGGCUGAAACCCUCUCCUUUUCUUCUUUUGGGAGGGGGUGGGGAACUUCAUUUAUUUUCUCUUCUCUCUAUCUGCCUCUCCCCUCCCUUCCCAUUCUCCUGUUUUAAACUGAAUGGCACGAAAUUGUUUUCCUCAACUCGGAGAUUCCUGUAUGGAGAAAGUCAAUUUCUAUAUUUGCAAUAAAUUUCGUAUUUAAAACAA